UGAAAUCAGUUCACAAACUUACAGCCUGCGCUACUAACGCUCUUCGGAUCAAGGAAUCUAAAACAAAUAUUGCUGUCCAAGGCUUAAUGUAUGAAAUCAAACCAAAGCUAUUGGUUUUAAUUUAAACCGCGCUUUAGUUGAUUAGAUUUGCCUGCGGACGCUUGGAUAUGGAGCUGGUUGGGUCUGUGUUCUAGGCGCGGACAAAGCGGAUCAGCCCGAGCCGAGAUGAGCGCGACUAUGAGCGGCUCCGGGUCAUCAGCGCCCUGCCGCUUCGCUCAUUACUUCGUCAUAUGCGGAAUAGACAACGAAACGGGUCUAGAACCCGAUGCUUUAGCAGCUUUGUAUCAAUGGCUAGAAGCCGAUCGGCAGGGCAGGGACCCAGAGGCCGUGGCAGCAGGGGAAAACUUUGAUCAGAGCCCUUUGAAAAGGACCUUCAAAUCUAAAGUGCUGGCACACUACCCAGAGAAUAUAGAGUCUAACCCAUUUGACCAGGAUGCUGUUAACAUGCUCUGCAUGCCCAAAGGUCUCUGUUUCCGAACUCAACGUGACAGUCUCACCCCACAGUUCCACUCUUUUCUCAUUACGAGAGAAGAUGGUUCUCGCACUUAUGGUUUCGUCCACACCUUUUACGAAGAGGUCACCAGCCCUCAGAUCUGCUCCGCUAUGCAGACGCUACACCAGAUGCACCAAGCGGAGCAUAACGCAUCUGCCCACAAAUGUCCUUCAUCAUCCUCUUCCUCCUCAUCUUCCUCAUCUAGUAUGGACUCUUUAGCCAGCAGCCUGGAUGAAGUCGAGUCUCCAUCAUCCUCACAAUGUGCCCACAGAAGCUGUGGCUGCUUGGGCGAAGGUUACGACUCCCUUCGAGACACGCUGUACGUGUCUAAAGCUAUGUGUCUGAUUACGCCCAUGCCUUUCAUGCAUGCUAGUAAACAUUUUCUGUCCCAGCUCAACCAUGCCGUUAUGUCCAGUCAGCCACCUCCACUCCCUUUGGAGAGCUACAUCUAUAAUAUCCUGUAUGAAGUACCCUUGCCCCCGCCAGGACGCUCAUUAAAGUUCCAUGGUGUAUAUGAACCAAUCCUGUGCCAGAGGCCUGGCGUCGGAGAGCUGCCAUUGGCUGAUUUCCCACUGGGUGAGACCUUCCGGUUGUUAGGGGUGGAAAAUCUGGUGCAGCUUUUCAAUUGUGUCCUACUGGAAAUGCAGAUCCUCCUCUACUCACAGGACUACCAGAGGCUUAUGGUGGUUGCAGAGGGCAUCACAACGCUGCUGUUCCCUUUCCAAUGGCAGCAUGUGUACGUGCCCAUCCUGCCCGCUUCUCUGCUGCACUUCUUGGACGCCCCUGUGCCCUACCUCAUGGGCCUGCAGUCCAAAGAGGGCACGGACCGCUCCAAACUGGAGCUACCUCAAGAGGCAAACCUUUGCUUCGUUGACAUCGACAACCACUGCAUUGAGCUGCCUGAAGACUUCCCUCAGUUCCCCAACAAGACUGAGUUCAUCCAAGAGCUGAGUGAGGUGUUGCUCAGUUUUGGCUUAUCUCCAGAGGGAGGCAAGAUCUCUCUUGCACCUCCAGUCACCACACAGACUUCCACACUGGAGGUUAAACUAAAGAGCUCGUGUCUCAGCAAAUUAGUAGAUGACAAGAAGAACGGGAACCUUGGUGGAGAAGCACUGGACGUCUUGGAGCUUCUUCAGGGCAACCCAACUCUAGAGCGACUGCAGGCUCUGGCCAAGAGGACUGGGGUGAAAGUGGCCCGUUUGGAGGUGUUGGAAGCAGGGCAGAAGGCUACAGGGGAGGAGGGUGUUGGAGGAAGAUAUCCUGCAGAGGAAGAGGAGCUGCGGAAUGCUAAACUGAACGUGCAGCUGAGGGAGGUGGUUGCGGCACGCUUCACAACAAUGUUUACAGACUAUGAGUCGUUUGUGAUUCAGAAUUCACCAGAUUUGGAGUCCUGGCUGACCAACAGAGAGCAGAUGCACAACUUUGACAAGGCCUCUUUCCUUUCAGACCAGCCAGAACCAUACUUGCCCUUUCUGUCACAUUUUAUCGAGACUCAAAUGUUUGCCACCUUCAUCGACAACAAGAUCAUGUCUCAGUGGGAGGAAAAAGAGCCCCUCCUACGAGUGUUUGACGGACGCAUUGAAAAGGCCCGCCUCUACAAUGUCCGGGCCCCCAAUCUGCGGUCUUCAGUCUACCAGAAAUGCACUUUCCUCAAGGAGUCUGCUCAGGCCAUUGAGCAACGGCUAAGGAAGAUCGACCACACAGCCAUCCAUCCUCACCUGCUGGAUAUGAAGAUUGGUCAAGGAAAAUACCAGCAGGGAUUCUUCCCCAGACUGCAGGCUGACGUGCUCGCCACAGGGCCUACCAACAACAACAGAUGGUCCAGUCGCACAUGCUCAACUCAGCGUAGAGUAGACCGACACAGACAGCAGAACGAACAUCUGUUGCUGGACAAUGAUUUGAAAGAGAAACACAUGCAGGAAGCCCGUAACCUGGGGAAGAUCCUGAGACAACCCAAACUAUCAGACCUCUCUCCAGCCGUCAUCGCUCAGACCAACUGGAAGUUUGUGGAGGGCUUACUGAAAGAAUGCAAGAUGAAGACCAAGCGUAUGCUGGUGGAGAAGAUGGGGAGAGAGGCUGUUGAACUGGGACACGGAGAGGCGAACAUCACAGGGCUGGAGGAGAACACGCUCAUAGCAAGCCUGUGCGACCUACUGGAGAGAAUAUGGAGCCAUGGCCUACAGGUCAAACAGGGGAAGUCUGCGCUGUGGUCUCAUUUAUUGCACUACCAGGCAAGAGAAGAGAAAAACGAACUGCUGUCCGAGUCGCCAGUGUCUAAUGGGCAGGAAAGACGUAAGCUGGAGUCCAGUGUUGGCCUUCCUGUGUUACGUGUAUCACUAACACAGGAUAUGAGACACAUCCAGAACAUGGGGGAGAUUAAGACAGAUGUAGGUCGAGCACGUGCCUGGAUCCGUCUGUCUCUGGAGAAAAAACUGCUUUCCCAGCAUCUCAAACAACUGUUAUCUAAACAGGUUUUAACCAAGAAGCUGUACAAGCGUUAUGCUUUCUUGCGUUGUGAAGAGGAAAAAGAGCAGUUUCUCUUUCAUCUCCUGAGUCUGAAUGCUGUGGACUACUUCUGUUUCACCAGCGUCUUCACCACCAUAAUGAUUCCAUAUCGAGCUGUCAUCAUCCCCAUCAAGAAGCUUAGUAAUGCCAUGACGACGUCCAAUCCCUGGUUGUGUGUUUCUGGCGAGCUGGGUGACUCCGGCAUCUUGCAGAUCACUAAGAACAUUCUGGAAAUGACGUUUGAUUCUGCCUUUAGGCCUCACACGCACAUCUCCAUCGCCUACAAGUGUCAGAAUCUCGGAAAGCUGACGACAGUGCAACUGGGUCACGAUAAUUCUGGCUUGCUUGCCAAGUGGCUGGUGGAUUGUGUCAUGGUCCGCAAUGAGAUCACCGGACACACAUAUAAGUUCCCUUGUGGCAAGUGGCUUGGGAAGGGUGUCGACGAUGGCAGUCUUGAGCGAGUUCUGAUUGGUGAAUUUGUAGUUCCGUACAACAAUGACGAAGGUGGACGAGGGUGUAAAACUCCGCCUCUUCAGCGCUCACCUUCACAGAUUCGGCGGAUCAGCAUCACAUCACUUACGGGCCAUGGAAAUAAACCAACAACAGUUCAGAUACAGGAAUCAAUCGGCGAAUCAGUGAACAACAUUAUAAAGCAUUUCCACAAACCAGAGAAAGAGAGGGGUAGUCUUACAGUUUUGCUGUGUGGAGAAGGUGGACUGGUGUGGGCCCUGGAGCAGUUCUUCCAUCAUGGAUUUCGCACAGCUCGACUGUUUCAGAAGAAUUUCUUUGUGUGGGACUUCAUUGAGAGGGCAGUAGCCUGUUUGGAGAAUCCAGAUCAAACUGGAGAUUUGCAAGAAACACCAGAGCCUCUUGGUCUGAAUUGUGAAUCUUUUUGUCGUUACGUCAACGGCAUCAACAAUACACCACGCAACAUUGGCAAAGAUGGCAAGUUUCAGCUGCUAGUUAUCCUUGGGGCAAGAGACCGAUUGUUGUCACAGUGGCUCCCUCCACUGGCCGAAUGCCCUGUGAUCACACGGAUGUACGAGGAGAAUGCAUUGCUGCGAGACAAUCUUACAGUCAGCUCUCUCGUUGGUGUCCUGCAAACACUCAAUGACUUCCCCAUCACACUGGAGACCUCACUAACGAAGGGCGUUGACCUUUAACUUCUCAUACUGAGAUCAAAGUCAGAAUCUGCUCUCUGUUUUAUCAUCUCUGGCCCUCUCUUCUGCCACCCUCAGGGCCAAAACGUCUCUAAAAAUGGCUCAGCCUUUGCUGACUGGACAAAGACUAGAGACUUCUCCAUAUGACUGUCACCUACAUCCCCAAAGAAAUGAGACUCUGACCUUCAGAAAGGUGUUUUGUAGCAGUAUUUUGAGUUCUUUUGAACUGAAAGCAGUGUUAGCGGCAUAUUUGAGUUUCAAAUCUGUGGUCAUUUCUGGACACAUUUGUCUGUGAGAGCGUGUGAAAAUGUAGUCGUAUUCUUUAGUGCGUGCUUCAUAUUAUGUGCCAUCUUUGGAAAGCACUGUAGGAAGCAUGUUUUUGGCAAAGUUACUCAAGAUGACAAGCAUUUGUGAAUGGUUUAACCACUACGGAGCCUCAGUACUGACAGAUGAUAUAUGUCCUAUACAUCCAAUAAUGGUUUUAUUAGAGGUUCAACAGGCAACUCUGUUUGAAAAUAUUUGAGUUUAUCUGUCAAUUUAAACUCAAUGUCUUUAUGUUUAAAGUAAUGCUAUCCAUGCUUUGAUUUUCAGUCAAUAUCUAAGGAAUAUUCUGUCAGCAUAACAAUGAAUAGUCCAAACCUGGUUAUCAAUUUGAAACAUUCUUUAUAAAUGGUAAUGUUUAAUGAAAUUUAAGAGAAAAUGGACUGAAAAUGGACUAGAAAAACAGUACUGUAUGUGUUACAAGAUGUGUUGAUGUCUGAUAGUGUGUGUGUGUGUGUGUGCAUGUGGUUUAUCAGAUUAACACUUUGGGAAUAUAUGUUUAUUUUGCCAAUGAGUAUUAAGUUUCAUUCAUAUACUUUUGUGUACAUUUUAUUUAGAGAAACACAGAAAAUCAACAUAAAAGCAAUAACACACCACUUUAAGAACCAGUGUGUGCAGUCACAUGUACAGUUAUAAAAGUUUGAAAUAGAGUAAAUUGCCUUUCUCACUUAAAUAUUAAUGAGCAGUUAUCUGUGGGGUGCUUCAAAUAAAAUAAACCCCUACCAUUUAACACUAAUUGAAGGUCUUUGAAAUUCAGCAUAUUACGUUGUAAAUCCAUGUGUAAUUACUGCAGACUUGCACAUCUCUUACAAGUAUUGUCCUUAACCCUGUUUAUGUUCUUUUAUGCCUCCAUUUUAAACGCUACAACUAUGUUGAGAGAAAUUAAGUAGGAUUUACAGAUGAAGACAGUUGUUACAGGUUGUCUGAGAAUCACUUUUUUUCAUCGCUGCAUAAUAUUAAGUUGUAAUAUUAACAUGACUCAGUAUUUGAUCGAGCUGUUUAUCACUGAUAUUAUAUCACGUAUUCAACCUGUGUAUUUUAUUUCUUUAUUUUAUAAGGCUAUUUAUUUUUUGAACAGUACUUUCAUGACACUGGUUUAUGUUUGGACUGAAUCUUGGGGUUAAUUAUGCAGUAAUGUGUCACUGUAUCAUUUUAUUUUAGUAAAUGAGUUCCAUCUUAUGUGAGUAUCAACCUAAACGUUUUAUGCCCCCAAAUUUUCUGAAAUCAAAGAGAAUCCUCUUGCUGGAAAGGUGAGGAAGCCACGGGAACUGUCCCUUUUGUUUUUGCUGCCAUUGCAUGCUACAUGUUUUAGAUCGUGGAGAAGUAUUGUCGCUGUAAAUGAAUUAGUUCCUCUCAUGGGCUCUUUUAUUUCUAUUCAGGACCCAUUCAAUUCUGGUUGAUCUGUUGUUUUUCCUGUAUGAGAGCAAACAAUACAUUUUUCCUUAUUAUGAAAAGCUCCCUGUGUAUAAUAAGUGGAUGCAUUCAUCGGUUUUGUUGUUUAUAUCUGUAAAGCAACUCAUUAAAAUAGCUCAGUAUGUCCAUACUUGUUCCCUCAGAAUCCUUUUGUCAUUUUGUGAGCAGUUGUUUGUGCAGAUAAGACACUUUCUUACAUUAAGGUGAAUACAAGUAAAG